AUGAGGAGAGCACAACGCUCCAUGGAGAUCACUGGAAGAUCGUGUUUGGGAUCCGCUGAUUCAAAAUUGGGAUUUGAUAAGGCAAAAGUUACCUGUUUUAAGUGUAAACAAAAAGGACACUUCAAGAGAGAGUGUAUAAACAGGCAAACUGAUGAAGUUGUGAAUCCAUUCAAAGAUGAUUAUUAUCAGAAAGCAAUUUAUCAUCGCAAUAGUGGAUCAUUAAAUGCGAAUCAAAAACAAAUCGGUGAAGGAUCGUCAAAGGAAAAAUCAAGGGCGAUGGUGGUUAUUCAAGAAGACGAAGGUUAUGACUGGAGUCAAUUUCUUCCAGAAGAAGAUUAUGUCGAAUCUGCAUUUGUAGCCGAAGUGGUUCAAGAUAAACUGUGGCAAAGAGAUAGUGCAAGAUAUGAGAUUAGAAAAUUGAAUGAACCAUUCAAAGAAGCUCGGAAAGCUAAAAGAUGGAAUGCUGAAUUGGAAUGUUACAUGGAUCCACAGGGUAAUCCAGUGGUUGAUCCUUCUAAGGUGGAUUUUGAUGUAGUAACAAAUCUUUUUCCAGAUCAGGACACUUAUCAUACAAGAAGGUUAUCUGAAAAAGGUUAUGAAGCUGAUCUGAUGAACAAAGUGAAAGAAAUUUUUGAAGCAAGCCUACCAAAGGUGGUGGAAAUGAGAAAAAGGAAAGAACAAGAGCUGGAAAAGCUGAUAGAGGAGGUGAAGAGAACGACAGAGAAUGCUGAUGAGGAAGAACAGAAGAAAGAAGAAGAUCAGAAGAAGAAAACAGAAGAAUCACAGGUGCUGAAUGAAACUGAGGUGCUCAUGAAGUUUGAUUGCCAAGAAAAAGAAUUGAUGAGCAACUUGGCACAAGAGGAGAAGGCUGCUGAACUCCGGUUUGGUUAA